UGCACUGAAAAGGUAGGUUAUAGAAUAAACAUAAACCACAUGUACUGAAAUGGAAGGGUUGGAGAAUAUACAUAAACAACAUGCACUGAAAAGGUCAAAGAGAGGUGUUUUGGAUAGGAUAUGUGUCGUUCUUGACAUUGGAGAUGUUUGUAAAGUCGUCCAAGUAGCAAAUGUACUUGUCUGUAAACCUCUUAAAUUUGUAUCACAUAUCAUAGAAGUAGCUAAUACUGAGAUAAAUUCCUUCCUAGAUGGGGUCAUCUCGUUCUUUUCAUUCGAUUUUGAAGGAGAUAUCAGUGCAGUUGGGAAUAUCAAUUCCUCAAAAACAGCAGCACAAAUCAUUUCCGAAGUGAAAGCUGACAUACAGUCUAGAACUAAAUGGAUUCUAACAGUAUCUGGUAUAGUCAGUAACAUUCUCAUCAUCACUCUCCUAUUAUUAUUUCUCAAGUCAAUCUUCUACCUAAAGAAGUUCCUCAGUAAGGAUCGCUAUGACAAUAUCUACAUUACAAAGGCUUUUAAGAUUUAUGACCAGCAAUGCAAGGCACAGGGAAAACCAUCAGUUUUACCGCUGAAGAGAAAAGAAUGCAGAAACUAUGCGGACACACGGUCACCAUGGCUGUCAUCAAAAGAAAUAGCUCAUGCUAAAACAGGUAUUACUAAAAUUGGAAUUCAUCUCUUGAUAGCUACUGUAAUCAUUGUCUUUGACUAUGUCCUUUACUUUGUCCUGAACCUCAUUGAUCGCUAUGGUAACCUGAAUAUAAAUAUUGGUGGCAACAGUUAUCUGAAUGUAUCAGUAGAAGGCAGUGGAUUUAUUUCAGCAUUUUUGAGAGCUUUCCUCAGCACAAUCAAAUUGGAUUCCGACUUUGGUGUAGAGUUUAACCUAACAACUUGUAUCCCUAAUCCCAGUAAACCAGAUGACAAUAAUAUCUACAAGUUUAGUUUUCUCUACUUCUUUGUAUUUGUGUUCCUUAUAAUGCAGGCUUAUGGUUUACGUUUACGAAGGAAAAUUGUCACAUUCUUCUAUCCAGAACGAGACAUUGAAAGGAUAACAUUUCUUCAUGAGAAAAUACGACACCGGAGAAAAUCUCUGAUGAAUUGGCUGACCCAGCAUGUCAUAUCUCGUAACAAGCAAUUCCAUAUGGAAAAUCGUAUAUCUUUCCGUGGAUGGAUGGAAUACCGCUGUCCUACAUUUGCUAAAUGCUUCUGCCCAUGUCUUAAAUAUAAGACAUGCAUCAGCUGUGAAAAUAAGGAUGAUGGUAAAAUUCGCUUCCAUCAAUGUGAGAAAUGUCAAUCUAAUUACUGUGAGGAAUGUUUUGGAGACAUGAAUUACAGUUGUCCCAUUUGUAAUACUGAAUCAAACAUGUCCAACCCUUAUUCUAAUAUAUAGCAACAUUCUGUCAUGAUUGCAGAUCCUUCACAAAAGUGAAGUAUAGAUAAUAAAUAUCAUACUUAUAAACCUAUGUUAUCUUUUUUAACAAAAAAUAUACUUUGAAAAAAUAAAAAUUUGUAGAG